AUGUCAUCUGAAACUCAAGAAGCCGUCAUACUAGUCGGUGUUGGUAACAUUGAAUUUGGCGAAAGGCCAAUACCAACUUGCGGACCUCAUUCCGUAAAAGUCAAAAUUGAAGCUACAGGGAUUUGCGGUUCUGAUGUCCACUAUUUUAUGCAUGGUUCAAUUGGCUCCUUUCAGUUGAAAGCGCCCAUGGUUCUUGGCCAUGAAUCCAGUGGAACUGUGGUAGAAGUUGGUGAAAAUGUGACUAUGGUUAAAGUAGGGGAUAGGGUCGCAAUUGAGCCAGGGGUGCCCAGCAGGUACUCUUCUGAAACUAAAGCAGGCAAGUACAACUUGUGUCCUCAUAUGGCUUUCGCGGCCACCCCGCCUUAUGACGGUACACUAGUCAAGUAUUAUCUCUCCCCUGAAGACUUCCUAUACAAGCUCCCAGAAUCCGUCUCCUUUGAAGAAGGCGCCCUUCUAGAGCCAUUAUCUGUUGGAGUUCAUGCUAAUAAGCUUGCUGGAACUAAAUUUGGUGACACCGUGGUUGUUUUCGGUGCUGGACCUGUGGGCUUGCUUUCAGCCGGUGUCGCUAAGGCCUUUGGCGCCACCACUGUGCUAGUCGUCGAUAUCAUUGACUUCAAGCUAAACAAAGCAAAAGAACUCGGAGCCACCCAUGUUUUGAAUUCUGGUAGUUUUCAAGAUCCCGGCGCUUUAGGAACCAAAAUUAGGGGCUUAGUGGGUGCCAAUCCUGAUAUCACGAUUGACUGCACAGGCUCCUAUAUGUGUAUUAACGCUGCGAUUCAGGUUUGUCGCCCGGGUGGCACCCAUGUGCAGGUCGGUCUUGGUGAAGAUAACGUCACCAUUCCGAUAGUAGAGGUCACAAACAAGGAAUUGAAGAUCUCCGGGUCAUUCCGUUACUCUGCCGGUGACUACUCCACCGCUCUUAAGUUGAUAGCUUCUAAGCAAAUCGAUGCGGCUAAACUAGUUACUCGCAAGUUUAAAUUCGAGGAAGCUAUCGAAGCUUACAAAUUUAAUGCCAAGCCUAAUGAUUACAAUAUUAAAACAAUUAUUGAAGGACCAAAGUAG